AUGCAAUUAAAUACAGAAUUUAGCAAAAAUAAUAAUCAUAAAACAAAAUUUGCUGAAUGGCAUUUCUUUGCCAGCUACCAUGGCAAAGGACCUUGUGACGGUGUAGGAGAAACACUAAAAAGAGGUGCAGCAAGAGCUAGUCUUCAGUUACCAUUCGAUAAACAAAUUUCAAACCCCCGAGAGUUGUAUCAAUGGGCUGCGCAAUCUAAUAACUUGCCAAAAAUCGAAAUGGCAUCCCUGCCCAUCUCGCGUGGUUCCACCUACUCAAGCUCCGAUUCGGACGAAUCGGACGCAGACAGCGCCAUGUUGGCGCAAUGCAGCCUACAGGAGAUAAGUCAGGAGGACUUGGCGGUCAUUCUUCCGGAGCAGCAGGAAUGCGACGCCUUCGAUUUCGAGUGCAACCGGACGGACAAAAACUCGCCUCAAACGGGCGAGAUGUCCGGUUCGGACAUGGAGCUUCCUCAGCAAGCCGUGAACGCUCUUAUACAGAGGACCACCGAGAGUUCCAGCGAGUCCGAGUCUCAUGCUCCACCACCGCCGAGUUCGCUGUACGCAAACAGUUUGUUGCAGCAGUUUGUGGCGCAGACCCAAAUGCUGAACGCGCCAUGUCCAGUAACAUCCAGUAAUGCGGACAGUGGCAAAAAUACUAGUGGGAGUAGUGAAACUCAAAACGCAAAACCUGAGGAUAACGUCAAGAAACGUAGAGGUAGACCCAAGAAAUCUAUAACUACAGACUACUGCGCCAAUCCGAAUGUAUCGCCAGAUUCUGGAAUUCAAAACAGUCCGGACCACGUGAGCAGUCCGGAACCGCAAUUAUCGCCCAACGUGAAGCAAAAAACUAGAAUUGGAGACUUGAAGAAAAGUACAAAUGAUAAGAAAUCUCAGAAAUGUGGAAAAACUGCUGCAAAUGUUUUGGUUAACAAGAGUUCAAGCAAAACAAUUAAGGAAGUCAGUAAUACUAGUAGUAAAAUCCCCGUAAUAUCCAACCGUUUCGAUAGGCAACUGUACGCUAACGCUGACAGAGUGUUGUACCCACCACGUAGAAAAGUUGGAAGACCACCUCUGACAAAAAAAGGGCCAGGGAGACCGCCUAAACACAAACCGCCCCAGGAAGCGCCCGCUGUACAGCCAGAAAAACCUUCAGAAAAAAUAAAACCAGCACAAAAAUCUAAAAGUAAAUCUAACAAACCUGUACUGACAACAAAAAAUAAGUUGGAUGUUUGCAAAACUAAGAGCGUGGUGUUGAAAAACGCCAAACUGAUGCACAGCAAACACAAACAUAAGAAACACAAGAAGUAUAAAUUCAAAAUCCUAAAACCCAUUUCGGCGUUGGAGCCGAAAGUGAACAUAGAAAUCGACAAGCUCAUCGCCGAUUUCGUAAAGUACUGUGUUAUCGAUAGUUUGAAAACUAAAGAAAACCUUCCGGAGAUAAUCAAAACGUUGAAAAAAGUCUCGAAAAAGCGUAAAACCACGGAACACAACGAGAAGAAAAAGAAGAAACAGAGCGUCAGCACGACAGUCAACAAAGUAACAAACUCGAAUGAACAACGUUUGCCCUUGAAGAAAAGACACUACCAUAUUUCCGUGAACGAAAAAGAGGAUUCGGAGGAUUUAAAGGAAGAAACCGAACCUAAGAAAAUCUCAAAUAAACAAACAAUCGCAUCCACCAAAGUGGAAAAGGUUACUAAGCAAGCUGCAGCUCCAAAAGUCGUUGAGGUCAAAGCGCCUAGCGGCCCCAAGUAUGUACCUGUAAUAAAGACAAAUACAAAUUCUAAAGUGCAAACUAUCAAUAAUAAUGAAUAUGAAGUGAAGAAUGCCGCCCCCAAGAAAGUAGAGACGCAUAUUGAAGAAACCAUCGAAGCUUGCAUCAACAGGUUUUCCGAUGAAAAAGGUAAAGUUGUCAAGGUGGAAGAUCCUCCCAUAAAAGAAGAAAAAUUGAAUACUUCCAACAGUUCUAUAACGCCGAAGAAACGCCAUAGACUAGAAAACAUGUACUCCCCAACCAAGAUAGAUACGUCACCACCUGUUGAAGACUCGAAAAUCUCCGUGGAAACCUUUAUCAACGAGUUGAAGAUGAAACGAAACUUCACCAUUAAAACAUCUCCAGAGAACGAAGAAGACAAGAAACCUGUGGUUUCCGAGAUUUUGGCGGCCCAGCAGCCGCCCAAACUAUCCCCAGAAACCACGAAGAAAAAGGUGCGAAAACGAAGAGCCAUAAAUAGAACCGGUUUUCCGACUGUCAAAAAGAAGAAAAAGAAGCUUCCAGUUUUAACCGUCGCAGAACCGAGUGUCGUGGUCGAGGAAACAAAGCAUGCUGAGAUAUGCGACCGAGUGCCUAAAGUUGGAGAAGAAUGCGCAGAAUUCGUGGAAAGAACGAAGUCUCCUGAAGUGAAGGUGAAUGAAAACGUCAAAGAGACCGUUAUGAAUGAGGAUAAUAUUUCUUUAUCGAAAUGGGGCGAUAUGAGCGAUUGUGACAGUCUUCCGCAAGAUGAGAGGAUUGAUGAACUGGACGAUUCCAAAUCUGAAACUAGCACAAGCAAAAUCGACGACGGCGACGACGUGGAUUCGAACAUGUCGCUCGAGUCGAGCAUCGAGCGGCUGAAGAGCCGGCUUAACCAGCGGAAACGGAAGCGAGGCCGAGAGAAGAUCGUCGACAACCUGAACGGCUACCCCAAGCGCAGACUGAGAGACGUGUCGCCUGCAAGCAGCGUGGAGCCGAUCGAAAGACGGUUGCGGGGCGAAGAUAGAGCCUCCGCUUCCGGAGAUGAGUCGAAGAAGAGCAAGAAGUUGCCCAAAUGGAAGAAGAAGCAUCUUGUCGCCGGCUUGUUUUCCGAUUAUUACAAGGAGGAUGACGAGGCAGCUAGGAUUCGCCGCACAGAGAACGCAGCCAAAUCCCGUCUGGUCUACAACCCGGAAGAACAUCCGUUCGGUCUUCUGCCGCCGCCGUACCACUGCGGCAAGUAUUUGCGAUGCCGAAAACUUCCCUUUCAACUUCCGCACGACCUUUGGUGGCAGCACACGCACUCGCAACUUCCAGGUCGCGAUCUGGUGCCCUCUUGGAACUACAGGAAGAUUCGCACCAACGUGUACAACGUGAAGUUGACCACGGGUGCCUGCGAACCGCAGUCCUGCAACUGCAAGACCACGAAUUGCGGCGAUGACUGCAUCAACAGGCUGGUGCUUGCCGAAUGCCCGCCGUACCACAAAUGCCAAAACCAGCGCAUCCAAAAACACGAAUGGUCGCCAGGUUUGGAAAAAUUCAUGACCGAAUCCAAGGGCUGGGGUGUGAGAACCAAAAUGCCCAUUAGAAACGGCGAUUUUAUCCUGGAAUACGUCGGAGAAGUGGUGUCCGAUCAAGAAUUUAAAGAACGCAUGGGCACAAUUUACGUGAACGAUAACCAUCAUUAUUGUUUACAUCUGGAUGGUGGUUUGGUGAUCGAUGGUCACCGCAUGGGCGGCGACGGUCGAUUCGUUAACCACAGCUGUCAGCCGAACUGCGAAAUGCAGAAGUGGAGUGUCAACGGGCAGUUCCGGAUGGCGUUGUUCGCACUCAGGGACAUACAGGACGGCGAAGAGUUGACUUACGACUAUAACUUCUCGCUGUUCAACGCCGCCGAGGGUCAGGAGUGCAAGUGCGGGAGCGAGGAGUGCCGCGGCGUCAUCGGCGGGAAAUCGCAACGCGUUCGCCAACUCGCCAAACCGCAUCAACAACCCGUCGCGCCUCCGGUCCACGUGAAACCCGUCAGUCACCAGCAGAAGUGCUUCAUCGUGGAGCACCACUGCUUCCUGCUGCGCAAUCUCGGCAAAGUUCGCAAGGUUCGCAACGCUGCCGCUCCCGCCGCGGACGUUCAGCAGGGCGGCGGUUCGGCCUUCCUGAAUCAGCUGAAGGCGCUGCAGAAGCCGCGCAACAUGCGCACCAGGAAGUUGGCGCAGGCCGAGGAGGAUCCCGAGCUGAACAAGACGGUCAAGUUGGCCGCCGUGCUUAAGGAGAUCUGGGGGUCCGUUAUUUCUGCCAAGGACGAGAAGGGCGAAGUAAUAAGCACCGCGUUCAUGACGAUGCCUUCCAAACGCAAAGUGCCCGACUACUACGUGAAAAUAACCGAUCCCAUCGAUCUGAGCACGAUAGAGCAAAACAUCGAAACCGGAAUCUACAAAACGCCCAACAAUUUCGACGAGGACAUGAACAAGCUGUUCGCCAACCACAUCAAGUUUUACGGUAGGACAAGUGACGUGGGAGUUGCCGCCACCAAAUUGAAGAAGGUUUACACUGAUGCCAAACAGCAGAGCCUGCACAAGUUCGAGGAUGCUUUGGGCAAGAAGCCGCCCAUGGCGUUUUCGAAGAAGAAAAGCAAUGAAGAAGAAGAUAUCAUCCGAUGCAUUUGUGGCAUGCACCGCGACGAAGGUCUGAUGAUUCAAUGCGAGAGGUGCAUGGUUUGGCAACAUUGCGAGUGCGUUAAGGCGGACGCCUCGGCGCCCAGUUAUCACUGCGAAAUUUGCGUCCCGCGUGAAGUUGACUACGAAAUACCUUUGGACGAGUACACGGAACAUGGCCAUAGGUAUUACUUGACCUUGAUGAGAGGCGAUCUUCAACUUCGGCAAGGGGAUACAGUUUACGUUUUAAGAGAUAUUCCAAUACCUAAUUCUGACAAGAAACACACCUAUGAUACCAUCGGGAAAAUUGAGUACUCUGAACUAGAUAUCUUUAGAAUUGAAAGGUUGUGGAAAGAUUCCAAAACUGGGAAAAGAUUGGCUUAUGGUCACCAUUAUUUAAGACCCCAUGAGACUUACCAUGAACCAACCAGAAACUAUUUUCUUUUGAGGUUCUUCCCCAACGAAGUGAUGCGCGUGCCUCUGUACGAGGCCGUGCCAGUCGAACUGAUAAUCACCCACUGCUGGGUGAUGGACAUCAACACGUACUGCAAGGGCCGUCCGAUCGACGCGCCCGAAGAGCACAUCUACAUCUGCGAGUAUCGCGUCGACAAGUCGGCGCGCAUCUUCAGCAAAAUCUCCAACAACAAGUUUCCCAACUGCACCAAAUCGUUCGCUUUCGAGCGCUUCGAAACGAGGUUAAAGAUUUCGCGGACUUACACGCCUCACGAUCUCGAUCCGACCAUGUUGAAGCCGAGGGGCAGGAAGGCGAACGACGAGGAGGCUGCGCCUGCGCAGAGUGUUGCCACUGUGCCGCCGGUCCCUGCACCGCCUGCUCGGAUUAAGUCUAAAGCACAAAGAAAGUCCCGCUUAAACAAAAUCCUGCUGAAUCUCUUAGGCAAAAUGCCAUCAAAACAGGUCCUAGACCUGUCGUACUUACUAGAAGGCAGUCGUAGAAGAAAGAAGCAAGCCGAACCCAACAAUAGUAAGAGCUAAUUUUAACAAUUUUACAUUACACAUUUGUGAUAUUUUAGAUAUUGUUUUAUUUUUACAAUUAAAAGAAGCCAUUAUUGCAAAUAUAACGUUGAUUUAUAUUAUUAUACACUAGGGUAAAUGAUUAUUGUUUAACUGUUCUUUAUACAUAAUUUUAAUAGCUAGUCAUAGUUAUGUUAUUCACUUUAUUACUCACCUUUUGAUUAUUUAUUUGUAAAUAUAUAAAAUUUGUUGCUAUAUUUGGACAAGUUAAAAUAUUGUUACUUUGUAUAGUUAUCGGGGGAGUUAUUUUUUCAGUAUUUUUUAUAUUGUGGACAUAAAUUAAAUCAAAAUUAUUACGGUAACUUAUAUUACACAUUACAAAAAAUGGCUAAAGUGACGAUGCAUUUGCCUUCAGAAAUCAUCUAUUUUUAAUAUCAAAUUAUAAUUCACUUUGGUCAUUUUGCAUUAUUGCUCUACUAUAUACAAGUAUUAAAUUUAGUUUACAUUGAUAUAUUUUUGUACAUAGACUAUGGUAUUUAUAUAAUUUUAAUUUAUUUGGUGACUUAGGUUUUAAUUUUUUUCUUGCCUGAUUAGUGUUAAGGUUUUAACAUUGCAUAUUACUAACAAAGAGUAAGAAUAGUAAGAGGAGACAGUCUUAUUUUGGUGAAAUAAAGUUAUAAAUUUAAAUACCUAGAACACUCAAAGAAAUCUUUAGAAAUCAUACUUUCUAUCUAUCUUAUAUUAUGCCCUGUUACUGUUUGCUCUUACCAUUCAGACUCUUUGAUAUUAAUUACUUGUAAUUUGGUGUUCCCUGGAACAUAUUUUAUCUCACAUUAGACUAAUGAUAUACUUUUUAUUAAUAAUAAAGUUGUUAUAUUUUCUACAAA